AUGAUUGAUCAAUUCGUAGUUUUCACGUUGAAAGGACAGGUGCUAUACCAUUUCAAUCCCCAAGGUAGAAAAUUGGCCGAGAAUCACAUCAACAAAGUGAUCUCGCAUUUGAUAACCUCGCCAUCAAAGAAAGAGGAGUCUGGGAAAUACUUGCUUUUCAAAUUGGACAAUUUCGCGGCUGCCUGUUUCAUCGGGAAGCAGCCACCCCUGGUGUAUCUGGUGACAUAUGCUGCGCAAGACCUAGAGCUUAACCAAGAGGCAGAACAGGUCUUGGAUCUUGGUUUCGGUUUGUGGGAUUCGCUGAAGCUGAACAAUUCUGUACUCCAAAAUCUGAGUGGCAAAGGAGUUAAGAACCGUCACAACUACACAUGGAUCCUGGAAGGAUGUGAUUCAAACCUAAACAAAUUCGACGAGUAUUUUAGAGCCAAAUUUAGCGUUAUCAAGCCUGGAAAGGCGAAAGGCAAGCCAAGUGUCGAGGGAAAUGCUUCUAAAGGGUCUUCAUUAACUGGAAGCAAGAACAAUAAAAAAACUGUCCAGAAUGCUAAGACCAGGAAAUGGGGUCGGGACGGUAUCAUUGAAGAGACCAACGUCGGAGACUCCUCAGCACUUGAUUUUUCAGAACUUAAUGAAGAAGCCAGAGCCAGCUCUCUGGCAGAAGUCGAUAAGGAAGCUUUUGGAACUUUCACUGAGAAAGGUGAGUUUUUGAUAAAUGAGAUCGAUGAGCUCUUAAAUAAAAACAAAGCCGAGGCCUCAAAAAAAGGUCAAUCCACUGGAGGUGCGUUUGGGUUCCUGCAGAAGCAUUUGCUCGGAAACAAAAAAAUCACCAAGGAAGAUCUCAGUAAAGUUUUGGAGAAAUUUAGACAGAAACUUAUCUCUAAAAAUGUUGCACCCGAGGCUGCAGAUCAUCUAACAUCAAGAGUUUCCCAAGACCUUGUGGGAUCUACUACUGCCAAUUGGACUAGCGUUGAGUUGACUGCGAGAGAUUCUCUUCAAAAAUCAUUAACCGAGAUACUGACUCCCGGGGUCUCAGUUGACCUGCUUCGUGAAAUACAGCAAAAAACCGGCAAGAAUGGAAAGAAGACCCCAUACAUAUUCUCCGUUGUUGGAGUCAACGGUGUCGGGAAAUCCACUAACCUGUCGAAGCUGGCAUUUUGGCUUCUUCAAAAUAACUUACGAGUUCUUGUUGUUGCCUGCGAUACCUUCAGAUCGGGGGCUGUUGAACAGCUAAGAGUUCAUGUGGAAAACCUGGCCCAGUUGACAGACGAAGCACACAUUCGCGGAUCAAAAAACAGAAGGGGAAAGUCAGGUAACGAUCAUAUUGAGCUGUUUGAAGCGGGAUAUGGUGGAUCUGACUUAGUGACUAAAAUUGCAAAACAGGCUAUAAAAUACGCUAGUGAUCAAAAUUUUGAUGUUGUGCUUAUGGACACAGCAGGAAGAAGGCACAAUGACCCUACGUUGAUGUCACCUUUGAAGCCAUUCGCCGAUCAAGCUAAACCUGAUAAGAUCAUUAUGGUUGGUGAAGCACUAGUUGGAACAGAUUCUGUUCAGCAAGCCAAAAACUUCAACGCUGCUUUUGGUAAGGAGAGAAACCUGGAUUUUUUCAUCAUUUCAAAAUGUGAUACAGUUGGCGAAAUGUUGGGCACUAUGGUCAACAUGGUUUACGCCACCGGCAUUCCGAUAUUGUUCGUGGGUGUUGGUCAAACCUAUACUGACUUAAGGACGCUGAGCGUCGAAUGGGCAGUGGAUACGUUGAUGUCAUGA